AUCUUUCCUCUUUUAUUUAAUUUGCCCCUUUUCUUUCCUCCCUAUAUUAACCAUAAUCUUGAUUCUUGAUUAUUUGUUUUUUUUUUUCUUUCAAACAUCUGAAAAUUUUAAACUUCGAGGAUUUUAAUCAUAUAUCAAAAUGGGCAAUAUAUGUUUUUCUAGCUCAAAAGUUAGUGGUUCUAACAGCAACACCACCACCACCAAUACCGCCACCGUGAAUGGCCACCGUAAUCGGCGGAGCUCAGCGAAACCGGUUUCUGCAACAACAAAUACAUCAAGAAAACAAGAGGGGUCUCAUUACAAUCGACAGAAAGGUAAGGAUAUCGGUGGGGUUAAGCAACAAACGAAAAAUGUUAAGCAUAAUACGAGGAGGCAAAGUGGGAUUAUUCCUUGUGGGAAAAGAACGGAUUUUGGGUAUGAUAAAGAUUUUGAUAAGAAGUUUACAAUUGGGAAGUUGUUGGGUCAUGGACAAUUUGGAUACACAUAUGUUGCCACAGACAAGUCUAAUGGAAAUCGCGUGGCUGUCAAGAGAAUUGAAAAGAAAAAGAUGGUUGUUCCAAUUGCAGUUGAGGAUGUAAAACGAGAAGUCAAGAUAUUGAAGGCCUUUGCCGGUCACGAGAAUGUAGUUGAUUUCUAUAAUGCAUUUGAGGAUGAUAACUAUGUUUACAUAGUAAUGGAGUUAUGCGAGGGCGGAGAACUGUUGGACCGCAUUUUGGCCAAAAAGGACAGCCGUUAUACCGAGAAAGAUGCAGCAAUAGUUGUUCGUCAGAUGCUAAAAGUUGCGGCUCAGUGUCAUUUACAUGGCUUGGUGCAUCGUGAUAUGAAACCUGAGAAUUUUCUCUUUAAAUCUCCAAAGGAGGACUCACCACUAAAGGCCACAGAUUUUGGUCUUUCAGACUUCAUAAGACCAGGGAAGAAAUUCCAAGAUAUAGUAGGAAGUGCAUAUUACGUAGCCCCAGAGGUAUUAAAGCGUAAAUCUGGACCUGAAUCAGAUGUGUGGAGCAUUGGUGUAAUUACAUUCAUUUUGCUUUGUGGUCGUCGACCCUUCUGGGAUAAAACAGAGGAUGGCAUAUUCAAGGAGGUCCUACGAAACAAACCUGAUUUUCGUCGCAAGCCAUGGCCAACUAUAAGCAACAGUGCUAAAGAUUUUGUUAAGAAAUUAUUGGUGAAAGAUCCUCGUGCUAGACUUACUGCUGCCCAGGCCCUAUCACAUCCAUGGGUCCGUGAAGGAGGUGAUGCUUCUGAGAUUCCACUAGACAUUUCUGUCUUGUCCAACAUGCGACAGUUUGUCAAAUACAGUCGAUUAAAACAAUUUGCAUUACGGGCAUUGGCUAGCACACUUGAUGAGGAGGAGCUGGCAGAUGUCCGGGACCAGUUUUCUGCAAUUGAUGUGGAUAAAAAUGGUGUUAUUAGCCUUGAAGAAAUGAGACAGGCACUUGCCAAGGAUCUCCCCUGGAAGAUGAAAGAAUCACGGGUUCUUGAGAUUCUUCAAGCGAUUGAUAGUAACACAGACGGGCUUGUUGAUUUCCCGGAGUUUGUUGCAGCGACUCUACAUGUCCAUCAGUUAGAGGAGCAUAAUUUGUUAAAAUGGCAGCAAAGAUCGCAAACUGCUUUUGAGAAAUUUGACGUUGAUAGAGAUGGAUUCAUAACUCCAGAAGAACUUAGAAUGCAUACCGGCUUAAAAGGCUCCAUAGACCCAUUGCUAGAAGAAGCAGAUAUCGACAAAGAUGGAAAGAUAAGCUUGUCAGAAUUCCGCAGGCUUCUAAGAACUGCAAGUAUAAGUUCACGAAUGGUGACUAGUCCUACGGUCAGAGGCUCUCGGAAAAUCUAGUCAGAGUGUUUAAGAGAUGUGAAAGUUAUCCAUGAGAAAAUUUUGUUGGAAAAUCACGUUCAUUUACAUGUU